AUGGCAUUUUUGUUUCAAUCUGUUUCCGUAUUCUUUGCCUUGAUGAUGAUGACAACUCACUUUGCCAUAUUUGUUAAUGCAGCAAAGGCUAAAAAUGAAGAAAUUCACUCGGUUGAGAAACGAGCAAUUGUUUACGGCCGAGUGGCAUUUUCUGCCUACCUAUCAAGUCGCACGGCGACUCUUAAUAAUGAAAAGAUUGUUUUUGACUCCGAGGUGAUUAACGAUGGAGAAGCCUAUAAUAAAAAUACCGGUAUUUUUACAGUACCGGCUACCGGCACCUAUCUAUUUGCUUUCCAGUUCGAGGACUGGGAAAACAGUGACCAACAAACGGCGUUCCUGAUGGUGAAUGGAAAUAUAAUUUCAAGCGCCAUUAUAAAGGCUCAAGGAAGAAGUACACAGGCAG